AAAGACAGGGUUGCAUAGCUUGGGCUGGAUGGGCCGAGUCCUUGUGCAUAAGAUUACAUGGAUAGGAGGUGCGUUCAUUAAAGGGACACUGAAUUAUUGGAAUGUUUUCCUUCUUUGGGACUUCCUUAUGAAUGUCAUAUCAGAAGAGCUCUUGUAAGCAGUGGGAGGUGCCAGAUGUUCCCAUGUUGAUGCUGUUGCUUGCAUUUGCACUAGAAGUCACAUUUGGCAGAUGAUAAGGGUAGCUAUAGCUGACACUACAGGGGCUGAGUGAGCCUUUUAGAGAGAACAUCUGGAAAAGAGGAACCCACCUACGUUGCUGGAUCUAGGCAAGAUGCGUGAAAUUGUGCAUGUCCAGAUUGGCCAGUGCGGGAAUCAGAUCGGUGCUAAGUUCUGGGAAGUCAUCAGUGAUGAGCAUGGGAUUGACACCACGGGAAAUUAUCACGGUGAUUCACCAUUGCAGCAGGAAAGAAUUAAUGUGUAUUUCAAUGAAGCUUACUCUCAUAAGUAUGUUCCUCGUGCUAUCCUGGUAGACUUGGAGCCUGGGACGAUGGACAGUGUGCGAUCGAGCAAAAUAGGUCCACUCUUUCGGCCGGAUAACUACAUUCAUGGAAAUUCAGGUGCUGGUAACAAUUGGGCAAAGGGUCAUUAUACCGAAGGGGCCGAAUUGAUUGAAAAUGUGAUGGACAUUGUGAGGAAUGAAUCUGAAGGAUGCGACUGCCUCCAGGGCUUUCAGUUCGUCCAUUCUCUUGGAGGUGGGACGGGCUCUGGAAUGGGCACCCUUCUGAUUAACAAGAUCAAAGAAGAAUAUCCCGAUAGGAUCAUGAACACUUUCAGCGUAGUGCCUUCACCCAAAGUUUCGGACACUGUUGUUGAACCGUACAAUGCCAUUUUAUCAAUCCACCAGCUGAUAGAAAACACAGAUGAAACCUUCUGCAUUGACAAUGAAGCCCUGUAUGACAUCUGCUUUAGAACACUGAAGCUCCCCACACCAAGCUAUGGAGAUCUAAACCACUUGGUGUCACUCACCAUGAGUGGCGUCACGACCUCACUUCGCUUCCCUGGCCAACUCAAUGCAGAUUUGAGAAAGUUGGCAGUCAACAUGGUGCCUUUCCCCAGACUUCAUUUCUUCAUGCCAGGAUUUGCUCCACUAACAUCUCGGGGCAGUCAACAAUACCGAGCUUUGUCAGUCCCAGAACUUACCCAACAGAUGUUUGAUGCUCGGAAUAUGAUGGCAGCUUGCGACCCACGUUACGGGCGGUAUUUGACGGUGGCCUGCAUCUUCAGAGGCCACAUGUCUAUGAAGGAAGUGGAUGAGCAACUAUUGGCGGUGCAGACUAAAAAUAGCAGUCACUUUGUGGAAUGGAUCCCCAACAACGUUAAAGUGGCCGUCUGUGACAUACCUCCUCAUGGGUUAAAAAUGUCUGCCACUUUCAUAGGCAAUAACACGGCCAUUCAGCAGCUCUUCAGCCGCCUCUCUGAUCAGUUCUCAGCUAUGUUCAAAAGAAAAGCAUUUCUCCACUGGUACACUGGUGAAGGGAUGGAUGAAAUGGAAUUUUCUGAGGCAGAAGGCAACACCAAUGACUUGGUUUCCGAAUACCAGCAGUAUCAGGAUGCAAAAGCCGAUAUAGAAGAAUAUGAGGAAGUGGAGGAGGAAGUCAGGGAAGAAGAAAAGGAAACAACUCAAAUGGAAAAGCAAUGACUGACUUUUGGUCUUUAAAACUUUAUAAUAUAAUAUGCCGAUUGUUACCAUUUAAUGUGGCUGGAUUCUCUCCAAAAACGAAUGGAAAUCAAAUGAAGGAACAAGCAUUUGUUGUUGUUGUUAGUUGCAAAGUCGUGUCCAACCCAUCAUGACCCCAUGGACAACGUUCCUCCAGGCCUUCCUGUCCUCUGCCAUCCUCUGGAGUCCAUUUAAGUUCAUGCCGACUGCUUCAGUGACUCCAUCCAGCCACCUCGUUCUGUCGUCCCCUUCAAUCUUUCCCAGCAUUAGGCUCUUCUCCAGGGAGUCCUUCCUUCUCAUUAGGUGGCCAAAGUAUUUGAGUUUCAUCUUCAGGAUCUGGCCUUCUAAAGAGCAGCCAGGGUUGAUCUCCUCUAGGACUGACCUGUUCGAUCGCCUUGCAGUCCAAGGGACUCACAGGAGUCUUCUCCAGCACCAUAGUUCAAAGGCCUCAAUUCUUUGGUGCUCAACCUUUCUUAUGAUCCAACUUUCACAGUCAUACAUUGCAACUGGGAAAACCAUAGUCUUGACUAUAUGCACUUAUACAAACAACCAUUACUAUGCAUUAAGCCAAGUUCUAUCUGACUGUUUUUUUUUAAUUUAAAUGCAUUGCAGAAUUAACCCAACAACUUAGUAUUUGAUUUAAGAGCUUCACCUUAGGCAAUAAGUAUUUCCUCUGAAUCAGUGCCUUCACUGUAGUAUUCCAAAUAAAGAAGCAAAGCUAAGCAUAUGACAUGCUAAAUUAACAGGGCAGAAAAUGUAAUCAGUCAAUUUAUAGGUUUUUAUGUAUAUCUCUAGAACAACUUUGUCUUAACUUUGGCAACUUUUAAGAUAUGUGGACUUCAACUCCCAGAAUUCCCCAGCCAAUGCACACAACUGAAGGUUGCCAAGGUAGGGAUACACUGACUUAGAACCUUGUACUUGAAUGUGCCAGCCAGCUUAUUUAGUUUAUUAUGGGGAAGGACCACUACGAUUCCCAUUUGUGUUUCUAGUAUAUUUAAGCUUUUGCAGAUUUAAGACGAUCAGUCUAAUGAAUAUAAGAUCUAACUUAAGCUGUUAACAAGACAUUAAAAAUUAUUACCCCUUAAAUCAUUUAGCUGACCUACGCACCUAUUAAUUGGAGAGACGUUCCUUUCACUGGAUCAGCUCUCCCACAUAAGGCAAGAAAAUAAGAUUGAUGCUGCCAGAUGAAAUCAAAUGGUCCAAAGUUUCACCAGCUAAACAUUCUGGAAAGGCUUCAACAGCCCUUACCCUUAUCUACAAACAUGUCAAUUGCCUUUGAACACAGCGAUUUUAUUUAACCAUGAUAGUUAAAAGCUAUUGAUGGAUCCUGUUCUUAUUAAUUUACCCAGUCAUUCGAGUCUAUGAAUGAUGGAUUAUUUUAUUUUGAAUCAAUUAAGGUAACACAUUGGGUGGCGUGAUAGCUCAGUGGUUACGAUGCUGGGCUUGUUGGUUGGAAAACUGGCUGCCCAGGUUCAAGAGUUCAGUUCCAUGCGAUGGGGUGAGCUCCCAUCCUCACUUCAGCUCCUGCGAAUUUAGCAAUUCGAAAGCAUGCAAAUGUGAGUAGAUAAAUAGGUACCCCUUUGGUGGGAAGGUAACAGCACUCCGUAAUGUCAUGCUGGCCAAGUGACCGCGGAAAUGUCUUUGGACAGUGCUGACUCAAUGGCCUUGAAACGGAGAUGAGCAUCACCCCCCUAUAGUUGGCAAUGACUAGCAGAAUAAAAUCUCCUUUACCUUUUUUUCUUUUUUAAUGUAACACAUUACAGGUAGUCCUCAACUUACGACUAUUCAUUUAGUGACUAAAGUUAUGGCAGCAUUGAAAAAAAGUAACUGGUUCUCGCACUUAUGAUUGUCAUAGUUCACUGCACUCAUAUGAAUAAUGGUGGAUUCACUUAUCAACCAUGGUGAUUUGCUUAAUGGCACCAAAAAGGUUGUAAAAUUGAGUACAACUCCCUUACCAACUAUUUCAUUUAACAAUAGAAGCUCCAAUGCCAACUGUGGUUGUAAAUGCAGACUAUCUGUAUGUAUUAUGUGAAUACUUUUUGUAUUUUGAAUGUACUGUAAAUUAUAGUUCAUUGUAACUCACUCCCAGAUAUCAACAUGGAAUUAAGAUGACUACCUAACACUACCAAUGUCAUUGCUAAGAGGCUCAGUGGGGAGAGCAGAGCCAGAGUUGAUACUUUAAAUUACCUGUUUUAUACUAAUUCCCUUGCAAAAUUCACAAAACCAAAUUUACUUUGAGAAUUCCGCCAUAGUUAAAAGAUUAAAUACAGCCAUUUAGAAGAAUAAAUACAUUUUGGGAAAGAGGAAGUACUGCUUAAUGUAUUAGAACAUGUUCUAUGUAAAGUAUGCAUGUGUAUAUAUGGAAUUAUGCUUCAUAUUAGAUAUAUGUGUAUACACACACAUAUACAUGUUGGUGUGUACUAUGUAUGUGUAAAAAUUGAGUUUUCAGUGGUUUGAGCAAAACUCCUGAAAUGAUAAUAUGUACAUAUUUUCCUUAUAAAAUGUGGUAGCAUUAUUUACAAGAUUAUUAGCUAUAGGAUUUGUAUAUAGGAGAACCAGUAAAAGGCUACAAAAUGUGAACUCUAGUCCCAUUUUAGGCAUAAAAGCUGGCUGAGUGAUUUUGAGCUAGUCACUCUGUCUUAGCCCAACCCACUUCACAGGGUUGUUCUUGUGGGUAAAAUAGGAGGAAGGAGUGUAUGUUCACCGCCGUGAGUUACUUAUAAAAAUAAGGAAACAGGAUAAAAGAAAUCAAAAGAAAAUUUCACUUAUAGGACAGAAAAUGUAUUGUAUAAUAAAUCUAUUGGCCUUUACGUUGUUAUAGGACUCUUAACAAUUUUUCUACCAAAGACUUCAAGGGAACUUUCUUGUAAUUGCUUAUAGAAAUACCGGUAAGUUUGCAUUUAUCAACUUGAUGUUUAGAUAUUCUAAAUGACAUGGUGGCAGCAGAUGAUAGAAAUUAACACAUCUCAAAAAGGUACCAACAAUGGUAAGCUAGAGGCUCAAGAAAUUAUAGAAAAAAAACCUGGAGACUGGAUCAUAGAGGUCAGCUGGUUUAGGUUUUUUUCCUAUGUAGCAUCCAAUAAUUACUUUAAACCAGGGCCGUCAAAACUCCUGGCCCACAGGCCAGAUGCAUCACCCACUGGCCACACCCACGACCGGUUUAGCGAAAGGAAAAAAACGUUCCGAUACGUCAUGUGACGCCGCAAUGACGUGAGUUUGACACCCUUGCUUUAAACAGUAGCAUUAUAUAAAACAUUGCACUAAACCAGCUCCCCUCUACCAGUCAAGUCAGAUGCUGCCAGCUACAGUAUUAAUAUACAUUUCUUUUUAUCUUGCACUUUUGCUGAUAGUGUGUUGUGCAGAUUUCUGUUGAAUGUUUAUACAAAAUGUGAGAAUAUGAGAAUCUCCAUAGACGUACAAAAUAUUUAUUUUUCUAUCGUAUAAAACUGAUUUUGCUAGCAGAAAAAUGGAGAAAUAUUUCUCUUAGCUGCCAUUUACUUUACUCGCAUCAUUUUCAUUUUAUUUAAGCUACUGUUGCAAUGCAAGUAUUAUACAAAAGCCAAUAAAAUGAGAUUAAACAGAA